UAAUUAUCAAUCUAAAUAGUAUAUUAUGCAGGUUUCCAUCUUGUGUCAUGGCAUAUGAAUGGCAGGCAAUUAUUACCUGUGAGAAAUAAUUAGACUUAGUUACAGAUUUUGUAAGGAUGUUGGCAACACUGAUCUGGUUCCAGUGAGUGCGCAGGUCUGAGCCACUUUGGCAGCUCCUCAGUUGAGUUACAACCUCUGCAGGAGAAGGUACAAUGGCUACAACGAGAUCACAUCCGAGGUUCAGGCUCCUGGGCAAUUCAUCAGGAAGUUUAUCCAUGUCAAGGCUGCCUACAAGUAAAGAUGCCCUACUAAUGGUGCAACAUUUUCACAUAAAUGAGGCACAAACCAUUACCGUGAGUUUAAACAAAGCAUGUCUGAAAGUUAAGGAAGUUUGGGAUCAUGCUCAUAUCCCAACACAACGGGUAGAUUCUUGUGCCCGUAAGCUUUCAAAGUUAUAUCAUCAGUACCAGAUGCUCAAAGUUAACCGGAAUAGACAGCGUGAGAGUGACAUAAUGAAAGAACAAGUGUUCCAAGCUGAUAUUGAGAAGCUAUUUGAUAUUGCCACGAAAGAUGCAAUGAUGACAAUGGUUAAUUUGGAGGACAAGAAAUUCCUCACUAUGCAGCGGGAAAGUGUUCAGUCAUGUAGCAUGGCUAGUAUUGAUAAAGAAUUAGCUUCACUUGAAACCAGGAGGCAACAGAGAAAGGAAAAAGAGUCCAUGGCAAAGGCUAGAUAUGAAGCAAGGGAAGAAUUUAAUAAAACAGGACAAGCUUUCCACUACGAUCCUUCUUCUUCAUCGUCAUCAUCAGAAGAAGAGUAUCAGCCAUCAGCUCCUAUUCCAUCUUCGUCUGGAGCACCUCCUUUGAAGCGUUCUAGAAAAACUGAUAUUAUCAAGUCACCAGUAGUCAUUGAAGCCAUGGACCGUACCAAUUUAUCAGACAGAAAUGCUGUGUUUGUAGCUGGGGCUGUAGCACAAGCUCUUGGACACGAUAUUGCAGACAUGUCGUUUUCUAGGAGUACGAUUCGAAGGUUUCCAUCUUGUGUCAUGGCAUUUAAUGGACAAGAGAAGCUGCUAGGAGUACCCAAAAAGAGAGAGAAACUGGAGGCACAGGCCGAAGCAUCAUGCAGACACCAUGUGCUAGAAAUUAUGCUAAGCGAUGUCUUCAGUUUGAUCUGUGGGUCAACUGGAAGUCCUGAGACUAUUCUGUUUAAGCGCUUCAAAAAGCAGUGGAGGUCCAUUUCGCUCAAUGACUUCAUUCCAGCACCAGAAAGCAUGUUUGAGGACCCAAUGCUUCAAAUUCUAAGGAAGGAGUUGCUUGAAUAUUUGCCAGUAGCCCUGCAGGAUAAUCAGCCACGAGAUGAUUAUAGGGAGUUUCUAGAACUAGCUCUUUGUUUCUUGGUGGACUGCCAA